UUGCUCUGCGCUCAGCGCACCCACGCCCCUUCCCCACCGCAACAGGUCAGGGGAGGGCGGAGGCGGCGAGGGCGCACGACCCGGACGCUGAAGAACGAAAGGUCUGGAAGAUGAAUAGACUUGUCACUUCCCACUGACUGGCAGCAAUGGCAUUCACUGAAAGAGUCCACAGCAGCAGCAACAGCUUGUACAAUGAAGACAGAAACCUGCUUCGAAUUAGAGAGAAGGAAAGACGCAACCAGGAAGCUCACCAAGAGAAAGAGGCAUUUUCUGAAAAGAUUCCCCUUUUUGGAGAGCCCUACAAGACAGAAAAAGGCGAUGAGCUAUCCAGUCGAAUACAGAACAUGCUGGGAAACUAUGAAGAAGUAAAGGAGUUACUCAGUACCAAGUCUCUCGCUCAUCACUUGGAUGCUUCUGAAAGUAGGCCGGGAAAGCCGAGAUACCCUUUGUUUCCUGAGAAGGGGAGCGGCGUUCCACCGCACUCCUUCCACACCCGUGUCCAUCACCAGCCUGGUAGCACUCCUGCCUCUGGACCACUUCCUGUUGGUAACAUGAGCCACAAUCAAAAGGUGACACAGCCAAGAAUGGAACCAAUGCCAAGUCUUCAUGUGAAAAGCUAUGGCGCCCCGGACAGCCAGCACCUGGCCCAGGAUCGCCUUGGUCAGGAGGGGUACAGCUCUAGUCAUCGAAAAAACGGUGACCGCAGAGCCGAAGGAGACCACUGUGCUUCGACGGCAGACUCAGCUCCAGAGAGGGAGCUUUCUCCCCUACUCUCCUCUUUACCUUCUCCAUUGCCCCCUUUGUCACCUCUACAUUCCAACCAGCAAACUCUUCCCAGGUCACAAGGAAGCAGCAAGGUUCACAGCAGUAACAACAACAACAACAAUAAGGGCUACUGCCACGCCAAAUCUCCCAAGGACCUGGCAGUAAAGAUCCGAGACAAAGAGACCCCUAAGGACAGUUUGGUGGCCGUCUCCAGCCUUGGAGUGGCCCCUCCCCAGCCACCUUCUCAGUCUUUCCCCCCACCCUCCCUCCCCUCAAAGAGCGUUGCAAUGCAGCAGAAGCCCACAGCUUAUGUCCGGCCCAUGGACGGUCAAGAUCAGGCUCCUAGUGAGUCUCCCGAACUGAAACCACUGCCGGAGGAUUACCGGCAACAGACCUUUGAAAAAACCGACUUAAAAGUGCCUGCCAAAGCUAAGCUCACCAAGCUGAAAAUGCCUUCUCAGUCAGUUGAGCAGACCUACUCCAAUGAAGUCCAUUGUGUUGAAGAGAUUCUGAAGGAAAUGACCCAUUCGUGGCCACCUCCUCUGACAGCAAUACAUACGCCCAGUACAGCUGAGCCCUCCAAAUUCCCCUUUCCCACCAAGGAUUCUCAACACAUCAGUUCUGCAACCCAAAACCAAAAACAAUAUGAUACAUCUUCAAAAACCCGCCCUCAUUCUCAGCAGGGAACAUCCAUGCUUGAAGAUGACCUCCAGCUCAGUGACAGUGAGGACAGUGAGAACGAGCAAGCCCCGGAGAAGCCUCCUUCCACAUCUGCACCGCCAAGCGCUCCGCAGUCACUUCCAGAAGCAGCGGCCUCAGCACAUUCCAGUGGUGCGGAGUCAGAGAGCACCAGUGACUCAGACAGCUCCUCGGACUCGGAGAGCGAGAGCAGCUCAAGUGACAGCGAGGAGAAUGAGCCCCAGGACACUCCGGCUCCUGAGCCUGAGCCUCCUACAACAAACAAAUGGCAGCUAGACAACUGGCUGACCAAAGUCAGCCAGCCGGCAGCGCCACCAGAGGCCCUGGGGAGUGCAGCGCCCCCACUUCGGCACCCAGACGGGAAGGGAAAGGGUGGUGACGGCACCACUAGUCACGAGCAUUCAGAAUCCAAAGAUCCUCCUCCCCCUAAAAGCUCCGGCAGAGCCCCCCGGAUCCCUCCCGAAGGCUCCCACACUGGCAAGAGGAGCUGUCAGAAGUCCCCUGCCCAGCAGGAGCCGCCGCAGAGGCAAACGGUUGGAACCAAACAACCCAAAAAACCUGUCAAGGCCUCUGCCCCGGCGGACUCUCGGGCCAGUUUGCAGGUGGAGAGUGAGCCGGGACUUCCCCAUAGCUCCAAGGAUCAGCCUCCCAAGGACAAGCCCAAGGUGAAGACGAAAGGGAGGCCACGUGCUGGAGACAGAGAGCCUAAGCCAGCGGUGCCCACCCCCAGCGAGAAGAAGAAGCACAGGGGCGGGCCCCCGGCCCCCACAAAGGCACGCUCCGGUCCUGAGCCCACGAAGGACAAUGUGGAGGACAGGAGCCCUGAGCACUUGGCCCUCGUCCCCCUGACUCACGGCCAGGGCCCCAAGCACGACAGCAGCAGUGGUGGCAGGACUAGUGGCUGUCGCCGGGCCGUGGUGGUGCAGGAGGACCCCGGGAAGGACAAACUUCAGGUGCCUUUGAGAGACACCAAGCUGCUCUCCCCGCUCAGGGACACUCCUCCCCUGCAAAGCUUGGUGGUGAAGAUAACUCUCGACCUCCUCUCUUGGGUUCCCCAGCCACCUGGGAAGGGGAGUCGCCAGAAGAAACCAGAGGACAAGCAGCCACCGGCAGGGAAGAAGCUGGAUUCUGAGAAGAGAAGCUCCGACAACUCAAGCAAGUUGGCCAAAAAGAGAAAGGGUGAAGCAGAGAGAGACCAUGAUAGCAAGAAAGUCAGACUGGAGAAAGAGGUUAAAUCACAGUCAUCGUCAUCCUCCCACAAAGAAGCUUCUAAGACGAAAACACCCAGGCCCUCUGAGCCCUCAAAGAAGGAAAUGCUUCCCCCCACACUUGUGUCAUCAUCGUCCUCAUCCUCCCAGAAGCCAGCCAAGCCCACACAAAAGAGGCCACGGCGAGAAGCACAUCCCUGUAGCCAGGACCCUCCCAAAAGUGCCAGUAGUACCAAGGGCAACCAUAAGGACUCCCCCGCCCCCAAGCGCAGAAAAGCCGAGGGGAAGGGCUCUGGAAGCUCCACAGAACAAAAGGGAUCUUCUGGAGAUACUGCAAAUUCUUUUCCAGUGCCUUCUUUGCCAAAUGGUAACUCGAAACCAGGGAAGCCUCCCUCGAAGUUGGACAAACAAGCAGAUCUCCACAUGAAGGAGGCAAAAAAGUUGAAGCAAAAAGCAGAGUUAAUGACAGACAAGGUUGGGAAGGCUUUUAAGUACUUGGAAGCCGUCUUGUCCUUCAUUGAGUGUGGGAUUGCCAUGGAGUCUGAAAGCCCGGUGUCCAAGUCGGCGUCCAAGUCGGCUUUCGCAGUGUACUCUGAAACCGAAGACCUCGUUAAAGUCAUCAUGUCGUUAAAAUCCUUCUCAGACCCCGCAGCACCAACACAAGAGAAAAUAUUUGCUGUUUUAUGCAUGCGUUGUCAGUCCAUUUUGAACAUGGCGAUGUUUCGUUGUAAAAAGGAGAGAGCAAUAAAGUAUUCUCGUGCUCUUAAUGAUCACUUCCAGAGUCCUUCCAAAGUUACCCAGGCACCUUCUCCAUGCAUUGCAAGAAGCACAGGCGCACCAUCCCCUCUCUCUCCAAUGCCUUCUGCCAGCUCCGUGGGCUCCCAGGCGAGUGCUGGCAGUGUGGGGGGCAGCGGGAUCCCUGCCAACAUCCAAAACAUGACAUCUUCCUACAUCACCAUUACUUCCCACAUCUUCGCCGCCGUUGAUCUUUGGGAACAGGCCGAGGUCCUUACAAGGAAGAAUAAAGAGUUUUUUGCUCAGCUCAGCACAAGCGUGUGCACCUUGGCCCUCAACAGCAGUUUGGCGGAUCUGGUGCACUACACGAGACAGGGGUUUCAGUGGCUGAAGCAAGGAAGCAGAGCGCCCUAACGGAGGCCCAGGUUCAUUUGAUGCCUUGGGAACUAUUUUGCACAUUGGAGCCUCAGAACCAGUCCAGACAUUUGUCUCAUCAGGACAACAAAACUUGAGAAGAGAAGCACCUGAGAAGGCCAGGUCAUUUGUCCACUUAAACUCUCAAGAAUUGUGUGGUCAUUGGUUGGGCACGAUGGUUAUGCAGAAGUAGAAAUGAGGAGGCUGGCUUCAGAGAUGAUCUUCGCCUUUCCUAACUAAAGGACAGAGUGCAAUGUGGCCUGACAGGGGUGUGUGAGUGGUCUAGAAACAUUUCCGUAUUUUUUUAACCAGCAGAAUGCGAGUUGCAAAUGAAACGAAGAGAAUCAGUUUCAACUCUGAACGCAAAUUCACGUCAUCUCAGCAGCCUCACCACACUAGUCCAUUCCCAGAAGGAAAUAUUUUUAACAGUGAAUUUUGGUGUAGGGUUUUAUGGAUGAUUUUUCUUUCUUUUCAGUUUUUUUUGAGGAAAUAUUUGUUUUGUAAAUUCUAACAGUCAUCUAUAAAACCUAAAUUGUGAAGGACUCCGCUAUACCCCACUUUGUGCCAGUGCACAGUUGCUUUGAUAAUACCAAGUAUUGUCAUAAUGUAAAGAAUUGGAGGCACCCCCAUUGCCUGAAGUACUGCACGCUCACCCAGCUCUGAUUCCUUUGUGGCCGAGUUGGUGUUGACCGAUGGGAGCCGUGGGAGGAGAAGGAGCUACAAUACGCGGCAGCAGGCGGCACGGCUGUCGUUCCCACCCCUGCUUCAGCCACAGGCAGGCAGCUGCGACCGUGUUCGGAAUUUUCUACUCUGGGAAAGAGGGUACUGCCAUUUCCACAGGACCAGUUGGCUGAAGGGCUUUUGAAUUUUUGUUUAAGUAGAGCUGGAAUUUGAGGUGCUGGUCUGUGGUCUACAGUCAUGUGGUAACUCAUGCUGUCUAACCAACUCAGAGUUUUGUCAGUGAACAAAGACAAAUGAAAUCUACUUAAAGAGGCUAUAUUUUUCUGCUGCGAAUUAUUUUAUAUUUAUAGCAAAACUAGACUUUCAGAGCCCUUAAUUGUCCAGGGGAAAUGUACUCCCUGAAAGGAUGUGGAGAUUGGGGUGGCUAAUUAGACUUCACUCGGUGUUCUCGGUGAGCUAGACUUGACAGGCUGAGGAGGAACGGUGGCCUCCCCACAAGUUGCUGUUGCCGUCUUAGAGGCCUGACACCAGUGCAUUUGAAUGACCGAUAAUGAAAGAACACAUCCGAGUUCCCACUUACCCAUAAGCACAGAUUUUCUUUAUUGUAGACACUUUGAAGGUUAUUAUUGGAAGCAUUAUUUUGACUGCAGUGUUUUUAAAAGCCCAUUCUUUUUAUCCCUUUUAGAGGUGGAAUUUACACACAUUAAAAUUGAGGAGUGCUUUUUCUACAAUUGGCUUUUCUCCUAUCCUGCCUCUCUACAUGUUGUUUCCUACCCAGCAUGUUUGACAUUUUCCUAAUUAUUUAUUAGUGAAGAAGGGAGUGGAUACACCUUUAUUUAUAAUGAAGUGUAAGGUCCGCAUGAUGUCUGUAAGAACUUGCUUGGUAAUUUGGCAAAUGUAUAAAGGGGGGUGUAGACGAUGGGAAAUGCUUGUCUUUCAGGGUGAAGCGUGUGACUGUUCCUUCACUGUCUACCCAGCCCGUUCUUUUGUCAUCACUAACCUGCUAGGGCAGAGGUCUCCUACCUCGUGUUUAGGUUAAAGCCCGAGGAUUAGCAGCAGUGGUAAUGUCUGAGCAUGGAAACUUCAUGUGUGGUCUUGAUGUUCUAAAGUAAAGCCUUGGCCCUUUUUAAAUUGCUCGUUUAAAAAGCACCCUGUUGUUAAAUGAACAGUAAUUGCCUGGUAGGUUGUAUGCUGUGACAUUGUGUGUCCUCUUCUAUGUAGGAGACAAGAUCCCAGAAUCAGGCGCAUGUAAUUAUUUAACAUCAUCUUUUCUUCCCUUCCCUGCACCACUCCCCAAUGUAAGGCUGGUCGGUUUGGAAGGACGUGUUCUCGGGGCAAGUUCUGGUCUGUGCAACCUGUGCAGGGUAAGUGUGUCCCAUCAGCAAGCCACCAGCUCCCUUGCCUGGGGGAGUUUCCCACAUGAUCCGUCAGCCCGUGCUACACACGUGAUGGCUGCGUCAUGGCCUUAUUCUUUGUGGGGGGUUUUCCCCUGACCUUUGUAUUAAAAUUUUAUUUGUCUCUUGAAAAACAAAUGAUUUUGCAGAGAUCAGUUUGUACUGUUUAGAUCAGCGGUCACCAACCGGUGGUCCGUGAGGUCCGAAAGGUUGGCGAUCGCUGGUUUAGAUCAUGGACUGAGUAUGUGAAGGGUAGCGGCUUGGUGAACCCCUCAUGCUCCUCAGUUCUUCUGGCUGUAACAGCUGUAUAACAAAUCAGGAGGCUUUGUAAACACUUGCACUUUUUGCUACAUGCUUCAAUUCCAAAAGGCAAGAUUUGUACUGAGGUAGAUCAUUGAAAGGACUGGGUCUAAAAUUAAGCCUUUGCAUCUGUGAAGUUCUUAUAACAGUAAUAGUGCGCACUUCACAGUGAGGCAAACAAAAUGUCCUGAGUGAAGGUGGAGUGAAGUCUUGCCUCUGGCGCUACAGCUUCCUGUGUCUUUAUUAGGAAGCGGAAGAACUCUUUCACUUGUAAAAAUGAUGACUGUUUCUGCCCUGUCUGGAGAGGAGGACUGACCUUGAGGUUUUAGCCAGACUAAGGGUCCUAAUAAAAAAUGGGAAACCCUUCACUGAACCCCGCCAGGUUGCCCUGGGUUCAGAAUGUGAAAGUGUGGGCCGCGUGCCAGCCGUGGUGAAGAGUCAGGGGUCCGGCAGGCAUAUUAUCAGGACUGAAACUGCAGCGGGAGAAGGACUCACCUGAUAAUCUGAUUUAAUCACAAUUGAAUGGGAAAGAAAGCAUCUGAUUUCUUUGAACAAAAGGACCUUUAUUUUAUAGAUCUGUUUUGACCAAAAUGUUUAGCUAUUUCCCUUAGACAAAUUGGAUCACACUUAUCUCCCUUGUUCUAUAUCCUUUAAUUCCAGAUCUCAGGAUAUUUAAAAGCUAAAAACCACCCCCUUCUGACGGAAAACUUGCCUUAAUUGGUACCUUAAAUAUUAAUGUUAGUAAGAUCAGGAGCUUACUAUUUUAUUAUGAUUCUUGUUCAAUAAUUUUUAGCUGUAAAAAAACCUCUUAGCUCUGAUAGAUAAAAGGAGAUGUGUGUGUACAUACAUACACACAAAGAAUAAGAAGCUGGUUGAAUUGGAUAUAUUGUGCAUUUUGUUGAUCACACCUAAUUUUGGAAUAAUGCUAUAUUUGGUUUGCCAUGGCUUUCGGGGUGUUACAUGGGCCUUGGCUCUUCUGCUCCAUGAAGUUUGAGGUGUAUUUGUUCAUCUUAAGGUAAAUGAAUCAAAUUAGGCUUGAUUCCCUGCCACCCACACAGAGCCUACUUUUUUCUUAAGGAUUUAUUUUCCCAGACACUACACAAAAUCUUUGAAAAACUUUGCCACUUCAUCCAUUACACUCUUUACCACUGAUUAGCAGUAUUUUAGUCUUGCAAGAAUAUUAGGGCUUCUUUUAGAAACACAGACAUCAAGACUUGCUUCCUGUGAGGUGAGUUGCACAUUGUGGCUGUGGAGCGUGUAGGUUAUGGCGGUGCCUGCUCCUUUUCCCGCUGUCUCCAGUGGGUCGCCUCUUUUGUUUUGGGAUGUAAGGUUUUUCCUGUGCCUUUUUUUUUUUUUUUUUUUUUUUUUACUCUGUCAUUUGUUUGCGGGAGAUGGAGUUGCAGGAUAGCAUGAUAUUGGGGAUUUUCCUCCAAACAUUGCGAGUGGUAUUCCUUCCUAUAAAUCUCAAAUAUGCAAUCUAGUUGUGUUGGUUUCUCAGUGACAGAAUGAAUUGUGACCACUGGCCAUGUUCUGUAGUUUUCACUGAUGAUGAGUUGACAAGCACCACUUACCACCUUUCUUAAGGUGGCUGUAAGUUUCCUGUUGUCCUGGAGAAAAAUCACACGAGAUUCUGUUCCACUGUGCGCCAGGUAUCAGCAGGUACUGCGACGGGUAGAGAAGUGCCUAUAUUUCUGUACCCAAGAGGGCAGGAAGGAGACAUACAGCCCUCUGUGAGCCUAGGGGGUGCUCUGUGGGCCUGGAGGGACAAGGGAGAAAGACCACUGACAGCGAGGCUGGCCAUACCGCAGUCAGGCCAGGAGUGGCUGACCUAGGGAGAUAACUUGCUUUGCUUAAAAGUAGAUGUUUAAGUGAUGCUUAACACAGGCAGUAUUAACUUUGCCUUUUGUUCAGGCCGUCAACAUGUAUUGUUAAAAUUACUGCACAUCCCCCUCAGAUAACAAGUAUACACUGUUCAUGUUGGUGUGUGUAUGUGUGUGUGUUUAUAUGCGUGUGUCCCAAAUCUUGUUUUAAUUUUUUUUUUCCUGAAUGUGAUUACGUUUUGGAUGAUACCUGUGCAGGGUUGCCUUUUUUUAUUUAUUACCAUUAUAUAUUAUAUUAUAUUAUAUUUUUUGCUUUCUUAUAACUUUAGAGUAAAGUCAAAUCUUGGUAUUAUUAAAAUUGUUUUAAAAAGAAAUAAAUUGUCCAGUUGAUAAAUGAAGGUCACUGGCCUAUCUCUAAAAUAAUAUGUGUUUUUCUUUAAUUAUUGUGGAAUAAUGUGCCAGCUAUGUAGUCCACACAGUGAUUUGUAUGUAGGAUGGGGAAGCAGCGAUGCUCUCAAUGGGAAGAUGUGCAACACAGAUAAAGGGGACUCCAUGUAUUUUAUCUCCUUCAGCAAUGAAACUGCAACCUGGGGCUUUUGUGAAUAAAAUUUAGCUGCCUUGUAUAGUCCUUUGAAAGAGACAUGUGAUCUGUGAGAAUUAAAGUUUGCUUUCUUUUUUUAGAAGAAAAAUUUGCAAAAGAUCUUUCCAAAGAGAAUGUGCCACAGAUCUUUUGCUUGUUCUCUGUAAUGAGGAUUAAUUGCUGUUUAAAAAAAAAAAGUAUAAUUGAUUUGUUCACUUUCAAAUUCUUUCCUUUUCACAAGAGGAUCGAGCUGUAAAAAAAAAAAAAAUUAAUAAAAAUUUAGAGAAAUCA